AGUGAAGAACGUGUUUUUUAAAUCCGGCGAAUUUCCGUUUUAAAAAAUUUAUUAACAGAAAAUUCCUAAGUCGUUUUUAAUUGUCCUGGUCCGUAUUUUUUAAAUGUUUCUUCAAGGAUUUGUCUAGUAUUUAGACUGAUUUUAUUUAAAUUUUACCUGGGACAGUGUACAAUCACACUAACCAUUACAUAAACUUUACCAAUUUUGAGAGUGGAAAAUGGCCUUUUCGACGCAACGAGACUUUAUCAAUAUUCCGUCGCGAUUGAAUUCUGAACAUGCCGGGUCUGAAAGUGAAACCUCAGAACGUCAACCAUUAACUUCGACUAGAAUAUACAAUUCAAUUUUGCCAAAUCUUGCAGAUCUUUGGAGUCGUUUCAGCGGGAAAAAUGAAGUGCCACACAGAAGUAAAGCAGGAGCUGAAAAUCCAAAUGAUUUGGUCCAAACGGGUUAUUACGAAAGCGACUCCGGCGUUAACAGUGAACCUCAAAGUGAGCGAGGUAUCACAAAUUUUAGACAUUUUGGAAAUAACGAUAAUUAUGAAAUGCAUCACAAUGUCACCUUGGAUAACGUAGAAACUAUGCUGCAAGCUUUGCAAAGAGAAGGAAAAUUCACAGUUGAUCGCGUCAUGGAACUAAUAAGAAAAUAUCAGGCAUAUAUUAAAGAUCUUUUAGUUGAGGAAAAAUUACCCGAAGGCGGACUUAAAACGCUUUUGGGACAUAUUGAAAACUACAGCACCAAAAUAUUAUCUACUGUAGAAAAUUUAACCGCUCCUGAUGGAGUGAAGGAAGAUUUAGUGGAAAACGUGAAUUAUCUUAUGGCAUCUUUGAAGACGUUUAUGUGUGAAACUGAACGUGAAAAUGAGAGCAUGUCUCAAGAGUUGCAGAGAGUCAGCUUCGACCGACAGAGCUUACAAGUUUCGCUGGACAGAUUGGCUAAUGUGGAGGAUAAAAUACUGGAUCUGAAAACACAGGCUUCAAAAGCUAAUGAUCUGCAAAAGGAAAUUUUAGACCUCAAGAAACAAUUAGAGGAUUCGCAGAACAAUAAUGCUGCCUUGGUUGACUGUUUGAUGCUGGCCAAGCAAGGACAGAGGGACAGUGAAAGCAAGUUCAAGUCAGACUGCGACAAGAUUUUUGAUGAAAUGAAGAAGUGGAAAAGCAAAGCGGAAUUAGUGAAUGAUAUGUACCAGCGUGAGAUGUUAGAACUCGAAAAAUGGAAGAUUCAUUGCAGCAGACUAAGUGUUGAAUUAGACAAGGCGACGGAAAGGAUAUUGCGUGGACAUGAAACAAAAAGGAAGUUGUAUUUUUCAGAGUCUAUGCGAACAGAAUUGGAGAGGCAAAUUGAAGAAAUGAUGGGGAUCAUCAAAGAACUGAACGAGAAUAAAAAUGCAAAUGCAGACGCGCGCCAGGAAUGCCAUCCUAGAUGCCAGAAGGCAGUUUCAAAUCUUCUAACUCAAUCUAAAAACACUUUACAAAGUAUUCUGGAAAAUGUGAGUGAAGAAGUGUUGAAAGGGAGGGAGAAGUCAGAACAAAGCAUUGUUCAGCUUAAGGAGGAAAAUACCAAAUUAAGAAAGGAGAUUGAAAAUUUAAAGAACAAAAAUGAUUCUGAGAGACGCCUUGAGGAACAAGUGCAGAAGCUUCAAAAAGAACUUGAAAAGUGCAAAACUCCAACGAGACUCAACAUGACAGAAAGUGGUUCAACUGACAAGUUAAGAGAAGAAUUGAGGAAGUGUCUGGAAGAAAAUGCAAAACUUAAGAGCCCCAAGGAGACGUCUCGUGAUGCAUCGAUUAACGGUGAGUUGCAGGAAACUAUUAAAAGAUUAGAGAAAGAGCUUGAACAAUGUCGAAAAGAAAAUGUAUAUUUAAAAUCAAUGGCUACUGUAAAUGGAAAUCAGAGUGUGGAGCAGCUGCAGUCCUCCCAACAAGUAGUUGUUGUAAGCCUAGGACAUCCGCCAGAAUUGCUUAACUCAAAUGAUUGCAGUCGUGAAACACAGAAAAGCAAUCCAGACCACGGAGACGGAGGAACUGAAGGUAUCAUCAUAGGUCCGCGAUCAGAAAGUUUAAACCAAUCUUUCCAAGAUUGUCAAUGUGCGGAAGAGCUAGAAUGUGCAUACACCAGUGACACUCUAAGCGAAACCCUUUCAACAUCAAGCUCGUUUGGUACUUCAUUACUAUCUCACAGAAAAGACUUACAAAUCGAGCACUGCAGUCAUGAAAUGCAGGAGGUACAAUUACUCUUACUAAGAAAGGACAAAAAAAUCAACCAACUUGAGGGAGAAUGUGAAGCUCUUCAACAAAAACUAGCCACGCUCACUGAUGAAAUGAGGAAAAAUGAAACUUCAAAAUUAAAUUUUGAACAAAUUGAAAGGAAAUUUUCAAGAUUGACAGAAGAACUUCAGGAACAAGGAAAUAUAAUCCAAUCAACCAAAAAGCAACUAAAGGCGCAGGAAACUGAAUUAAAGAGGGGUGCGACGCUUUUGUCGUAUGUGCAGAGUAAAAACGAGACACUGAUUGCUGAAAACUUACGCCUACAAGAAGAAAAAUGUGCAAAGGAUGCUAUUAAGACCGAGAAGGAUCGACUGAACGACGAUCGUAAGAACCAGGACAGAGAUCUGGAGGAUUUACAAGCUGAAUUAGAAAAAUCGCGUAGAGAUACUGAAGAAUACAGAAAGGAAUUUAAUGAAAAGGUUCGCAGUCUGCUUGAAGAAAAGUCGAGACUUGAAACAGAAAAUGCAAGGCUGGCAAAAGAACUUGAUGGUUUGGAUGAUGUGGUUGACGAAAUUAAUGCCGAACGCAAUAAAAAUCGAAGACUGGAAGAACUUAUCGGAGAUCUUGAACAAAAACUGGAUCAUAUGCAUAAACGUAGUAUCAGGGAGCAAUUUACAGAAGCACCCUCGUCUUUUAAACAAUACAUAGAAAGUUUAAAAGACCAGCUUGAAAAGGAGGUGCAUGAAAAUAAUUGCCUUCGAGAUCAACUUGUAGAACGCACAAAGGAACUUGAGGUCCUUAAAAAGUCUAUGAUGCAGCGCAAUUACGACUGUUCGAAAGUUAAAGAGACAAGAAAUAAGAACGAUAUGCGCGUACUCCAAUAUAAACUAGGUAGUAAUGAUGAUAUGCCCCUUGACUACAAACAAUUGACUAAAGAGUUGAGGGCACAGGUGGAUCGUGAGAAGCAACGCUAUCAACAACUCCACUCGAAAUUUAUUGAUUACGGCAAAAAAAUUGAAGAACUUGAAACAAAACUUGCCAAUAAAAAGGCGCACUUAGAGCGUGAACUGGAGAAUGAGGGCCUUCAGGUUGUGAAUUUCAAGCAGCGGGAGAGCGAGGAGAGCAGCCACUUGUCUAAUAAUGCCCCGGGAAAAGUGAAAAUCAUAAAAGAUGAAACUAAGGCACUUCACGCUGAACUGGCCUUAGAAUAUAAGAAAAACGCGAAGCUCGCCCAGAAGUGCAAAAAAUUGGAAGCUCAAAUAGAGGAAUUGAAAGAUUUAUGCGAGAUGAAGGAGAAUCAAAUUAUAUUUUUAAAAAAGAAACAAAAAUAUUAUAAGCAACACAAUUUUAAUUUAUACAACUUAGACAAUAAGCCAGAGUUGGAAAAUAGACUCUUGCAAGCUUCUAAUAUCCAAACACAGAUUUCCUCACCAGCACAGACAUCUCAACCGCUUCCUAAGAAAUCACAAGAAUCACAGGAUAGUUCCACUUCGAAGUCAAUCGAAUGUCAAAGCAUUUUGGAAAGUGCAGAAUAUCAAUUACCUACAAGACAAAGUGAAGUAAUGGAUUUCAAGGCUAGACGUCAGGGUCCCUUGGCGUCUGAAUUACCACUCUUCAAGCAAAGUACAACAGUUUCAAAUAUAAACAACCGAAAUUAUUCGAAAUCGGGAUCUGCCACUUACCUUGCCGCUCAAACAAUGGCUGAAAAAUAUGUAUCGCCUGUAAGACAAUCAUCACGGAUGAUUCCUCAUAUUGAACAGCAAGGGUGUUUGACUUCGCAAACAUAUUCAACAUCAGAAUCUCCUGAAUGUCAGAGUGUUUUGAAAGAACCAGAAUACAGGCAAACGCAUGCAAUGAGCUCCAUUACUAAGCAACAAGAAGUUUCGCCAUCCUUGUCAAACGAAUCACAAAGUGUCCCUAGGAUUUCAGGCAAUAUCAUAGCCUAUCAAUCUUCUACAUGUAAAUCGGGCAAUAAGUUGAAACAACACAAACGUCUUCCAGCAGAGUCAAAUGAAAAUCAGAACCCCUCGAAAGGUGAUGGACCUCCUAAUGUUCAGCAACAAGUACAACUUUCGAACCCUAGCCAUCAGCAUGCUGCAGACAUGAAGAUCUGUAAAUGUUCGCGCGUGGGUACAUGCACACACCAAAUACGAGUGCCGAUUCCGAAAGUAGAAUCUCGAGGCGUCUCAAUGACGUCAGAACCACCUAAAUAUCAAAGUUCCCUGAAAAGCAGUGAUCACCAGUCACGUGCAAUAUCUCUACAAGAAAAAAUUGCCAAGGCAUCCCAGGAGACUCAAACGUCUGAGUCAAUAAAUUUUACAUCAGAUGCAGUCAAAUCAGAAGAUCAUGUACUGACGGUUUCAAAGAAAAAGAUUUCAACAUCAGAAUCACUUGACGAUCAAAGCAUUCCAAGGGACGCUAAAUACCGACCUCAAGACAAACCAAUGGGAGAGGUUAUGGAGCCCCAGAAUCAUUCAACAUCGGAAUCUCCAGCGUGUUCGAGUAUUUUGAAGGAAGAUAGUUCUAAUCUUCCUGCAAGGGAACUAGGAGGCCAACAAAUUUUUACAUUCGAAUCUUCCGAACACCCGAGUAAAAUAGGGCUCGGAAACAACUUUGUACGAGAUUACUCGUUGCCGUCACAAAAUACUGAGAGACGCGGUGCCAAACUUGAACAAUUAGAUUAUGAGUGUCCCAGCAUUACAAGCACCUCAGAUGAAAUAUAUUCGGAGCAUAAAACAUAUGCUACGCAGACUACCAACAACCAACUGACCCUUGUUGGGUUGGCAAACAGUUUCCAGGAAAUAAAUGAUGCAAUCAAGCAACAGCUCCAAGCUGAAAAAGAGAACUCCCAGAUCCUAGAACACCAAGUGAAUUCAUAUAAGCAAGAAGUUGAAGAACUAUCGAGUAAGCUGGACCAAUCUCGAAGCCAGGUUGCUCAGCUUCAAAAUAUCCUCAAGAGACGUGAAAGCAAAAUCGAGGAACUACAAGAAAUGGUCGACAGCAUGAAAGCAGGAGUAGGGAAUCAUGAUGAAAGAGGUAUCCAAACAAUUGACUCCCCCAUCGCUUCAGGUGCAGCCUCUAGAUUGCUUGAACCAACUCUAGUUCACCAUCGUCCCUUCCCGGGAACUAAUCACUUGCAAAACCAAUUAGAGGCGCAAAUAAAACGUAAUUAUGAGUUGACUAAAGACUUCAGCGAAGAAAUCACAAAUACGCAGGCAUUAAAGCAAGAACUCAAACAAGCUCAACGAGAAAUCCGGAAGUUAUGCAAGUGUGUAGAGGAAGUUGAACAAGAAAAAGCGAAGCUCAAUGAAGAAAUUCAGAAACUAAGGGACGAAAUUACGCAUAUGAAAAGCACUUGUAAAGAGGAAGCUAGUUUAGAUAAAAAAGAUGAAAUCGAGAGGAAAAAGAAAAAUUGUGGCUGUAAUGAACCGCAGUGCCCAAAAUGCAGAACUCUCCCUGCAAAGUCAACUCAAAGUAAAAACACACAAGGAGCUCAAGGACGGCUUCGUGCCAUUUGCAAGAAGAUAGAAGAAAAUGGAUUAGAAUCCUUAGAUAUUAGGGACUUGUCAUUCCUUCAUCGUGAAGUUUAUACAAUUGGCAAGAACAGAAGGAUUUCCGAAAGUGAACCAACGCAUGACAAAUGCUGGAAUUUCGUGUCGAACCUGCCACCAAUACCCUCAAAUCAGGAAGAAAAAAUAAUGGCUAGGGUGAGUUACCUAGAAACAGAGCUCGAUAAUGCUAAUCAAGUUCUUCAACAUUUGAAGAAGGAAUAUGAGAAGGAAGCCAAAAACGAUGGAAGAGAUCGACAACGGGGUGGGGAAACCAAUAAGGUGCCACCAAAGAGCGUGGCUCUUGUAAGGAAAUUAGUUGGGAAGAGGAUAGAAUAAUCGUAGCUACUGACGUGCAAGACUUCCAUUACAUAUGCUUCUUUGCAUGGUACAAAUAUUAAAAAUGAUAAGUAAGAAAUUGUCCUUCUGUGAAAAUGAAAAGAAUUUAUUUGUAAUGUUUGCGCAAAAUUGCGCGUCUUAAACUUAUUAUUGUAUCAAAAUUUUUUUGUGAUAUUAUUAUUUGAAAAUUUGUUGUCGGAAAGAAUUAUGCGAGUGAAAUAUAUCAUUAGAGAUCUAUUAUUA